AUGGCCAAAGGCGCACGCGCAAGCAGCAAAAAGGCGAACCGCACCAAGCUGCGCGCCCGAGUUUUCGGCCCCGUCGAGCAGGCACGCGCCGAGCGCCUACACGCCAAACUUCUCGAGACGAUUGCCCAGCCCAAGCCCGAGAGGACUGAGAUGGAAACCGAAGAAACCAACACCGCCGACGAUGCCGCCAAGGAGGACAUGCCCAAAGGUUCGUCUCUGCUUACUGUCCCCAUGCCACGCUCCCUAUCCGAUCCCUCUGCAAGCCCACUCGAUCCCGCAGAAGAGGACUGCGAACUCGGGAAUCUGUGUUUCCAUCUAGGCCUGUGUUCAGACAUCCUGGGCUUCACCGAUGACGGCCAUCUCAAAUUCGCCUUUGACCCGCUUCCUCCGCACUGCUCGAGCUCGCGCAAGACCAAGGACAAGAGCCAGACCCGGAAACAACUGCGACGCAAGCCCCAGAACAAGGUCUCCUUCCCUACCUCGCGAGGCAAGGGUGCACUGAAGCCCAAUGGUGGACGUCCCAGCGGCCCCGGCCGUAUCGGCAAACGACGAGCAUGA